GGAAAUAACAGUGUGGCGCCAAGUGGCAGCUGGCAGCAGUUGGUCAGUUCGCGCGCAAAAUGUGCGGUAUCAGCUGAGCGAUUGCAGUGUGGUUUUAUGCUUCUACUUACGGUGCUCAACUCCUUAAGAAGUGCCUCUCUUCACGUUUGUCAGAAAAGAUAGGCUUUCGUCAUCUUCCAGGAGGAAGCGUGUUUAUAGUAAGCACGACACACUUGUAAGGGAUUUCCCGUCGUUGCUGUUCUCCGUUUACGCUGUCAAGUGACGAUCGCAGUCUGCCGGCAUGCCUUCCACCCAGUCCGUUCUUCAGCUUCCCGUGCGAAAAUCUGCACGCUGUGCUGCGAAGGCUAAACAAAGCAGUAAGUCGCCUAGCAACUCUAAUAAAGCCCCUCUCGACGAGAACAGUGCGCGCCAGAUUCACCGAGUUAGCAAGAGGCUCUUCUCCGGUGAUGUAUCUACUCCUUCGUCCGAUAGUAACGGGUCACAUCAUUCCCCUACAUCGCAAUCGCCGAAGAAAGCCAAGGAGAUAUCCAGCCAUGAAAAUAUAAUUUCCCUCUGUCUGUCCACGCCCGACACGUCGUUGUACCAGAAGGCAAAGCAGAAUUUAACGUCACAGUCAAGCGUCCGCGUUGUCGGUCGUCAAAGGGAGAUGGAGGCAAUGAAAGACUUCCUGCACUCUAAUUUGCGUGCCGGCUCCUCCGGUAGUCUGUAUGUUUCUGGCGCACCCGGCACCGGCAAAACUGCUUGUCUGUCACAAAUACUCGAGUCAUCCAAGGAUCUCUUCAAAUUCCAGUAUGUGUUUGUCAACUGCAUGACACUACAAAGCAGCUCUGCUAUUUACCAGAAAAUUAUUGCUGGUCUUGGCUUGUCGCCUACAUGUAGCAAUCACCUUGAGACGAUACGUAGAAGACUCACUACCAAGGGCCAUCCUAUGAUAGUUGUGAUGGAUGAAAUUGACCAACUCGACAGCAAGAACCAAACGGUGCUGUACUCACUUUUCGAGCUUCCUCAAUUGAAGAAUUCUCGUGCCAUAAUUUUUGGAAUUGCAAAUGCCUUGGAUCUCACAGAUCGUGUCCUGCCACACCUGCAAGCCUAUGGCUGUCAACCAACAUUGCUUCAUUUUGCACCCUAUUCUAGAGAUGAAAUAGUAGCCAUACUCACAGAUCGGCUGAGUGAGUGUCAUGCAGUAAUCCAGCCUCAAGCCAUUCAGUUCUGUGCACGAAAAAUUGCUGCUUGCACAGGAGAUGUCCGGAAGGCACUGGAUAUAUGCAGGCGAGCUGUUGAAGUUGUAGAACGUUCCACCAAGACUCAGCAGGUGCUAGUUCCACGGCCUGAGCAUGGUUAUAAUCUGGGCUCUCCCAAGAAGGCACCCCUCAAGGUUGUCAACAUGGCCCACAUCUCUUCAGUAUUGGCAGAUGUGUUUGGAUCCUCAGCAAUGGGCAGCAAGGAUCUUAAUGUCACCUUGCCAUUGCAGCAGAAGCUAUUGCUAUGCACAUUGGUGGCACUGCUUAAAGUCAAGAAGUUGCGACAUGUGCCUCUUGGAAAGCUUCAAGAAGCUUACAUGCGCAUCUGCCAGAGGCACCAAUGCUCCACCGACCAGUCGGACUUCCAAUCCCUCAGCACCCUGCUAGAGUCUAGGGGCCUAAUCACUGUCAAAAGGCACAAGGAGCUCCGACUGAGUAAGGUUAGCCUCAGGGUGGACGAGAAAGAAGUCGAGUACGUCCUUCAAGACAAAGCUCUUCUAGCAGCAUGCCUCAAUGACAGUGCCAUGCUGUGAAGUUUAGUGAAGAUUGUUAUGUCACUGUCAUCAGAACUUUUGUGUGAUUGUUUCAAUUGUUUUCAACCCUGCAAGUUCUGUGUGUUGAUGUGUUUGCACAUUUGCUUUAUAUCGUAGCACAUGUUAAAAGUGGCAGCUGAAAUUAUUUUAUAUUAGUCAUCAAUCACUGUUCUCUCGAUGUCAUACACAAUAUUCUUUCUUCAAAUACUGUCAAUCAUAAUCUUAUGUGCACUCAUAUUCAUGUGUCAAUCGAAGUCAAUAAACUUUCGCCCACCUACA